CCUUCUUUAGUCUAAUACUGUGAAGUGAUGAGGUUUUAGUCGUUUGCAGGAACUGGAGCUGAUCAUGGACGAUCUUAAGUGGGACGCAGAUAAGAUGCUCAAUCUCUACAUUCAUGAUUAUAUGAUGAAAAAGAAGCUGCACAAGGCUGCCCAGAUAUUCAGGAAUGAGGCAAAAAUUACCUCCCCAACAGUAGUGAUUGAUUGUCCUGGAGGUUUCUUAUUGGAUUGGUGGUCAAUAUUCUACGACAAGUAUUCCUAUAGAGAGCAGCAGGCCAAGGAACUAAGUCAUGGAAAUGCUCUCAAGGGUGAACAAAUUAUGGAUGUUAAUCAAGAAAGCAUCCGUCCUUGGCUCCAGCAAUAUGAGAUGAAUCAGCGAAGACUUGGACAGCUUCCUACGGAAAUUGGCUUCGCAAACAUGCCAGCGACUGGCAUGUUGGCUGCCCAAAUAUAUGAGGAGCAGCGUCUCGGACAUCCUUUCUCUAAAACUUUGCCACCUGAUAUCCGGGUUGCCAAUUGUGGAAAAAUGACUUCAUGCAAAUCAAUGGUUCCAAAUCUUGGCAAUGUACAUCAACAAGCUUGUGCAGAGACUCAACAGUGUUCUAUGAGAGGUGGCAGACAAGGUGUUCGGUUGAGCAGCUCACAUCCCUCGGAGCCGACACUCUAUGGUGUUCCAAAAGCCAUGAUUCCCAUAUCUGGGCCUUCUGAAGCUGAGUUAAACAAAGGAAUCAGUUCAAUUCCCUUGAGUGGCUGGCCUUUAGCUGGGAUUGACCAAAUUCCCCCAGGUCUGGGGAAGCAAGUAUUAAAGUCACAUUUGCAGACACCAAUCCAACAGCAGUUUCAGAUGUUGACAGCUAAACGUCAGCAAGAGCUCAUUGUUCAGUCACUCACACAUACACCACCGAACCUGAUGCCAUCUCUUUCAGGGACCUCUGCUGAUUUGGAUCUGCGAAGGUUGUUGCUUCUAAAGGGUGGCUUAAACGUGAAAGAUGAACAGAUGAGUGGUAGUGUUGAUUCUCAACAAAUCAUUUAUUCUUCAACUGGUGCAGUCUCAAAAAUAGGUGGUGAAGUACCAAAAGACGAGAUGAUGUUCCAAAUGAGGCAAAUUACGGAUCGGCAGCGACAGCAGUAUCAGCUACAGCAACAAGAGUUAUCAAAGGUUGAUAGCUUGUCUCACAAUCCUAAUUGUAUUAUUCAUUUUGUCUGCUUGAGAUGUAUCAUUUACAGAGCCUUUUCUAGUGGGCAUCUAUACAUUGCUGCAGGUUAUUUAUAUUUUGUUCUUGUUAAAUUUUUCCUUGAUGCGAUGAUGCAUGUCCUGAAUCAGGGAGUACGAAAAAGGAAGGAAUUGUCUUAUUCUGUGGCUGCAAGUGGUACCAUGGCAGGAGAUACUCCUGGGACUUACGCAGAAUCUCUGAUGUGUGAUAAAAUAUCUACUCCUAUUGCUUUAUCACAAAACUAUAGGACUUCGGGAACGGUAGUUGCGCAUGGUUGUGAUAGAACUGGAUUGGCCGAAACUUCAGGAAAGGAUGGUAGGCAUGAUGUGGCUGAGGGGUCAUCAGAUGCGAAUGUGGAGUCCUUCUUGUCCCAUGAUACUGACAUUGAUGAUCUGAGGGGUACCCCAUUCAGCACUUUGUUGCAGAGUUCUACUGGAAAUAACAGGAUUGCCUCAAAAGGCUUUUCUUUUGGAGAAGUCUGUUCCCUAAGUUCAAGUAAAAGCAAAGUCUUCUGUUGCCAUUUCUCAUCUGAUGGGAAGUUGUUAGCCAGUGCUGGGCAUGACAAGAAGGUAGUAGUUUGGAACUUAGAUACCUUUGAUUUCAAGAGUUCUUCGGAGGACCAUUCCCUUCUGAUUACAGAUGUUCGAUUUAGACAAAGUUCAAGUAUCUUGGCAACGUCUUCUUUUGAUAAAACAGUACAGAUUUGGGAUACAAAUGAUUUUAGCCAUUCAUUAUGCAAGCUUAUUGGACAUAGUGAACAAGUGAUGUCCUUGGAUUUCCACCCCCAAAAAACGGACCUUCUUUGCUCAUGUGAUCGUAACAAUGAGAUCUGGCUCUGGAAUGUGAAUCGUCGUCAAUGCACACGCAUCUCCAAGGGUGGUAUGGCACAAGUCAGAUUCCAACCACAAGUCGGUCAACUUCUAGCUGCUGCUUCUGGGAAUACCAUAAACAUACAUGAUGUUGAGACUGGCAGUGUACGGUUCAACUUGAAGGGGCACAUCAAGGAAGUACAAUCAAUCUGCUGGGACACAAGUGGGAAGUAUAUCGCUUCUGUUAGUGAAGACCGCAUUCGUGUCUGGUCAGCUUUAUCAGGUGGAGAAUUUGCAUAUGAACUGUGUUCCAGUGAUAACAAGUUCCAAUCCUGCAUCUUCCAUCCACGAUAUUCCCUACUUCUGGUUAUUGGAGGUUACCAGUCCCUCGAAUUAUGGAAUCCAAUGUCAACUUGUAAAACAAAGACAUUUCCAGCACAUGAUGGGUUAAUUACUGCAUUAACAAACUCGCCUAGUACUGAAAUGGUCGCCUCAGCCAGUCAUGACGGUUAUGUGAAGUUAUGGAAAUGAGAGUUUGUUUCCUUUUUGUGUAUAGUAGGCAUUUCAGCAGCAUUGGUAUUUGAAAGGAGGUAUCGUAAAUUUGUUUUCAAGCCAAGUAUUCCCGGAGUACACCAUGCAUCAGGCCCAUCAGGGAAGGAAAACAUCGGGUGGCAAAUUUUGUAAUUGAGAAAUUUAGCCAAACUGUCUUCCUGACAGUAUCUUCUACUACAACAG